CACAGGUCAAUGUUAUGAACACAAAUAAUGGGAUUAUAUUUAUCUAGCAUUAUUAUAGAGCCCUCAGACCCUUUAAAUACUUGCUAUUAACUAGCAUAUUGUGUUUUGAAAUUCGUCUCUGUUUUUUUUGUAUAUCUAUGCAGAAACGCGUUUAUAAUUUCUGUUUCCAGUUUAUGAAGUAGGUCAUUGCUGUUGGUAUGUUUCUUGUGGGGUUAACUGGAGGCAUUGCCUCAGGGAAGAGCACAGUGUCUUCUCAGCUGAAAGAACUGGGCUGUCCUGUCAUCGAUGCGGAUGUGGUGGCCCGGAAAGUGGUGGAGCCCCAGAGUCCAGCGUACAGACUGAUCGUGCAGCAUUUUGGACGUGAAAUUUUGUUAGACAAUGGCGAGAUUGACAGACAGAAACUGGGGCAGAUCAUCUUCUCCAGCCCCGAGAAACGAAAACUUCUCAACUCCAUCACACACCCAGAAAUACACAAAGAAAUGUUCAAACAAAUACUGCUGUACUUCCUUAAAGGCUACAGAUAUGUGGUUUUGGAUGUGCCGCUGCUUUUCGAAACACGACGCCUCACUCGUUUCCUAACACACACGGUUGUCGUUUACUGUGACCCGGCGACGCAGCUGUCCCGUCUCAUGCAGAGGGACGGUUUGAGUCAGGAGGAGGCCGAGCAGAGGAUCGGCGCUCAGAUGCCCCUCAAAGAGAAGCGUGGACUCGCCAGUCAUGUGAUCGAGAACUCGGGCUCUCGUGAGGACACUCACAGACAGGUGCUGCGGCUGCACACCAAGCUCGAGGACUCCAUGGAGUUCCUGGUCAUCAGGGCCAUCGCCGUUGCAGCCGUCGCCGGGCUCGGCGGUCUGUUUUUAUGUACAGUCAGACUGCUGGUCUCUUAGCAAACAUACUGAAAUGCUUCCACAACAACGGCAAUAGGACUUAAAGGGAUAGUGCACCCAUAAAUCUACAUUCUGUCAACAUUUGCUCAUUAUAUGCGGUCUUCUUUCUUCUGUGGAAGUGUGUGGACAGUGUUCCACAGAAGAAAGUAAAGUCCUAUAGGUUUGUAACAAUGUGAAUAAAUGAUGACAGAAUUUACAUUUUUCAGUAAAGAAACGAUUUUAUAUGCUAACAUAGGUUUUUGUUGUCUAAAUCAUUUUUAUGUGAUGUUUAACCUAACUUUGUUGUUGAUAUUCUGACCUCACCACCGUCAGCCUGAGCUACAUAAAGAGCCACAUUUACGUUAUUUGAUUUGCACAGGCUGCGUUACUAUAAUCAACACAAUUAUUGUGAUAUUAGUCCUAAAUGUAACACUGUAUAAAAUGGAACUAUGACAACAAUGCUUCUUUUUUAACUCGAAACACGUUUGUUUAAUUCUGAAUUCAUGCAUACAUGGACUGAAUGUAUUGAUGUCUUCUGCUGCUCUUUGUUAAUAUCAGAUAUUUUUAUCUAUAUCUGAAUUAAAAAAAUGUCACAACUUGAA